ACCGGAAGGGGUCUCAGCCCGGGGAGCGGGAGUCCGGGCUCGACGUUAGGCCCUGGGGGAUGUGGAGAGCUGGCAGCAUGUCGGCGGAGCUGGGGGUGGGCUUCGCCUUGAGGGCGGUGAACGAGCGCGUGCAGCAGGCGGUGACGCGGCGGCCGCGGGAACUGCCAGCCAUCCAGCCCCGGCUAGUAGCGGUCAGCAAAACCAAACCUGCAGACAUGGUGAUCGAGGCCUAUAGUCACGGGCAGCGCACUUUCGGGGAGAACUAUGUUCAGGAACUGCUUGAAAAAGCAUCAAAUCCUAAAAUUCUGUCUUCGUGUCCUGAGAUCAAAUGGCACUUCAUUGGCCAUCUCCAGAAACAAAAUGUCAACAAGUUGAUGGCUGUCCCCAAUCUCUUCAUGCUGGAAACAGUGGAUUCUGUGAAGCUGGCAGACAAAGUGAACAGUGCGUGGCAGAAAAAAGGUUCUCCCGAAAGGUUAAAGGUUAUGGUCCAGAUUAACACCAGCGGAGAGGAGAGCAAACACGGGCUGCCCCCGGCAGAGACGGUGGCCGUGGUGGAGCAUAUACUCGCCAGGUGCCCCAGCCUGGAGUUCGUGGGGCUGAUGACCAUCGGGAGCCUCGGGCACGAGCUCAGUCAGGGACCAAACCCAGACUUCCAGGUGUUACUGUCCCUCCGGGAGGAGCUGUGCAGGAAGCUGAGCAUUCCUACCGACCAGGUGGAGCUGAGCAUGGGCAUGUCCGUGGACUUCCAGCAUGCGAUUGAAGUGGGAUCUACGAAUGUCCGAAUAGGAAGCACCAUUUUUGGAGAGCGAGAUUACUCCAAGAAAGCUGACCCGGACAAGCCUGCAGCAGAGCUGAAGGCCCCGGCGGCGGAGGUGGCCCGGGUACAUUGAGCAACGGCCCAGCCCGAGGGCCGGGUCCAGGAAGGCUAACUAUGCACUGUGGGCUUUCACUUCCACGUGCCCCACGUCACAGCACGACCACACCCUCCUCGGGACCUGGAGAGAGCAUGCCGACGAUUAUGUGCGUCGAUGGAAACCAUCUGACUUAGUGUCUGACGCAGGAAGCUCACUUCAAGCAGUGACUUUGGAUUGGAUUUGAGGAAUCCAGACUUUUCUGCAGAACAGGUACCUGGGCACUAGUCAGGAGUUGAGUUCAGGCUUGAACAGUGCCUAGGAGCACCCACCAAGCCAUGAAUGCCGUUCCCAGGUU